AUGUUUUACUACCAAUCACAAAUUUCAUAUUGGCCGCACUACUCAUACCGGAAGAAAUAUGAUGGAGAGUUGGCUGAAAUGAGCACUAAAUACUUUUCGAGCAAUCUCCUCCAAUUCACUGGUAUGGCUAUCGAAAUUGUGAGCAUCAACAUGUAG